AUGGUUCGCGUCCUUCACUACGCUAUACUCAUCACUUUCAGUGUACUUGCUGUUUCCCUCUAUCACAUUUGGGGAUAUGACAGGGCAUGGAGGACAAUGCAAAGCGCUGUUAACGCCUGGCAGUCCAGCCAAGAAGGCACAUCCAACCCUCAAUUCAUGACUCUUCCCUCUUCACUGCUCCCAGCCGAAUACCAAUAUGACCUUGACGCGAAUGCACCGUACCCCUUCCUCGAUGGACGACAUACUGGCUAUCGUGUACACCCGCUUCCCCUCGAGCUCGCAAUUGCGCACAACCGGUCCCUCUCGGCCUCGUCCGGAGCCCCCUUCUGGCCAGGAAACUCCUUGGAUAAGAACACGACCGGGAAGGAGGAUGGAUCUAUCUGGGCAAGGAUGGAACAGAUGGAUAUGGUGUUGGCGUAUGACUCUUUCGCUAAGAUGCUCUGGGAGGGUAAGGAAAGGCGAGGAGAGUAUGUGCAGAGGGCGAAGAUCCAAUCCAAUGACUCUCCGCCGUUUGAAGGUUGGAACAGAAUUUCUGGGAGGAUGCGCCUGAUGUCUGGCGCUUCGGGGGCGCUGAGCAUGGGAAGAAGGGUUCAGUACGACCUUCUCGGCCUGCACAACGAGCGAGACGGGACGUGUCGCAUCUACGGGUUUCCACAAGGGCGGACUCCUGAUUUGCAGCAUGCCCAAAGGUUCUUGGAGCGCUCUCUGAAAGACUACGGUAUGGGCAAGGAAGAAGCUAUCACAUUGUCAAAGGUUGAGGCUAGUGAGCUACCUGCGACGUGGUUGAUGAGCCGCUUACAAGAACCAACCCCGGACUGCCCGCUCCUGGCUCACUUCACUCUCCCACCACUGUUCUCCCUGCCAGAACCGCACGCUCAACCUUUGACCGUACAUGAUCUUAACCUACACAAUCUCACCACCGGAAAAGCGGCAUCUCUAGGUUUUGGAGGAGUCGCGGUGUCAGAUGGGUGUGGGUGGGCAAUGGGGCUGGAAGGGACCAUGGCAAAGGAGACUCUUAGCAAUUGGCGCGAGAGAAAGAUGCGAUCGACAUCUGCGGCCCUUGGGAUGCGGCAACCAUUAUUCCCUCUCUUGGGGCACGGUAUUGACCGGAAGCUCACUAAAAACACUUCGCGGGGAAUGAUCAGUAUGAUGAUGCUGGUCGACUGCUUUUUGCUGGUAAUGACGACCGUGCUGGGAUUUUUCGACGACGAUUGGUCCAUGCCACACACCUGGAACAUCACAGCAGCACGAGCAGCAAGUGAAAACUCGCGCUCUUUUCAUUCCUCCCCUGCCAUCUUUGCCUUGACAUAUUCGCCCCCAACUAGGAAUAUCCUCCUGGUCAAAGUGACUUCUAUGUUGGAGCAGAUGCAAAGAUGGUUCAUUGGGUCAUCUAGCUGCUUAUCAGCACUUCUCGGGUGUAUCGCCUUCUUCUCGCUACCAGUCCUCCUUCGAACGGCAAUUCUCCCUAUCACCGCAUUCAUCCUCUACUCCUUCUGGGUCCCUCAAAUCAUCCGGAACACAUACGAAGGGUCUCGAUUCAGUUUAGGCUGGAUUGCUAUCAUGCUGAAGAGUACAGUCUUUACACUGCUAUUUCUUUUCACAUUCAUCUUUCCAGACGCAGGCCCGACGAUGAUUGAAUAUAGGAGCUGGCCUUAUGGGAUAGUAGCAUGGCAAGUGGUCCAAAUCACCAUCUUAUUUGCACAAUCCAUGUACAGCCCCAACUCAAGAUAUCUUCCCCGCUUUUUGGCUCCCAAAUUCUAUUCCUUCCAACGUCCUCUCACGACCGAGCUGCGCGCCACUCUGAACUUGUGCGACAGCCCGACGUGUCACAUCUGUUACGAGGCUAUUCGGUUCCCUCAACCUCCCCUUGACCUCGACAAUGCCGAGAAACGCGAGACGGGCAUCUACAUUCAAACCGAAGAAGUCGUCGGCGACGAUGGAGAUCAUUUGCUGCCAGAGAAUGCCAGGUCUGAAGGGGAAGGUGAAGGAGAAGUGGUUGCUUUAUACGAAGCUGGAGAAGCACCGGCUGUAGACGACUGGGCAGUGGGUCCAUGCGGGCAUGUUUGGCAUAUGACGUGUCUGAAGAAAUGGCUGGCGACCAGCCCAAUGUGCCCUCUUUGUACGCUGGAAAUGCCGCCUCUGCAGGGUGAUCCCGAUACACGGCCGGCCAUGGAGGUGAUCAUUGGGAUGUGA